UAUGAUACUAAGAGAGCAAGUGAUUGAAGCAAUAGGAAUCUUCACAAACGCACCGAGUUUUCUUUACGACAUCAGGGCGUACAUUGCGAGGAAUAUAGGACUCUUGGUUCUUCAAACGCAUCCCAAGUACCAGACAUGGCCGCUUGAGAAGAUCCAGCGCCGCUUGGACUCGUUCCUGAUGCCCAACCUGGAGAUAGCGACCAAGUUCAUACUGACGCCCGACAUCCACGACGCCAUUCUGAUCCAGGGCGUCGCUAUCGAUAGCGAGACGCAGGAGUACCUGGUCGGACCCCUGUACGUGCGUCGCACCACUUGCAGGCUCAGCUUCCCUGGAAUCUUUCACCACCGGGUGAGGCCAGUGGUGAUAGUGAUGGCCGACAAGCGCUAUCGCUUGCCAGCCGAGAUUGACUGGCUGCAGCCAACCGAAGGCGGCGAUAAAAACUACGACGAGUACAUGAACCAGGAGUUCGGACAGGAGCAGAUGUACAUCCAGGAGGACUACUGACCUGCUCCGAAUGGUUCGCCCGUUAGAAGCCGGCGUCAUCUGCGCCUUCGUGAAGCGCCUGUAAAUAACGUUUAGUAAAAAUGUACACCGCGGAAAUUCGCGAAACGAAACGUCGGCGGUUACCCCCGAAGGUGAUUUUUUUUUUA